CACUCUCCUCCGUUGAUCGUCACACAACACGUCGCUUGCUCCCGUGGUAUGCUGGGCUUCAAUGCGAGCAUAGUACGAUGCAAAUCAAGUAUUUAAAAACACUGUUGCCGCCACAGGAUGGCGCUGCCAAAGUCACUGCUAUUGCUUGGUCGCCAAAUAAUGUGAAACUGGCAGUGUGCACUGCCGAUAGGGUUAUCCUCCUGUUCGACGAAACUGGAGAAAGGCGAGACAAGUUUUCGACAAAACCGAUAGACUCGAAGUACGGCAAGAAAAGUUAUGUCGUGAAAGCCAUUGCAUUUUCACCCGACUCUACGAAACUAGCCGUGGGACAGACGGACAAUAUCAUCUAUGUGUACAAGCUGGGUGAGGAUUGGGGAGACAAGAAGGUGAUAUGUAACAAGUUUAUUCAGCAAAGCGCUAUCACGUGCAUGGUAUGGCCACUUCACGGCCCUAUCACUUUCGGAUUGGCCGACGGAAAGGUACGAAGCGCAAAUAUUAAGACCAACAAGUCAUCGACACUUUAUGCUGCGGACAGCUACGUCGUAGCCCUCACUGCAAGUAUAUCCGGAAAAGGAAUUAUAUCGGGUCACGCUGAUGGAAGUGUCGUGAGGUACUUUCUCGAAGACGAUUCUUCGGGAGACGCACAGGGAAAAGUGAUGACUCACGCAUGCUCACCAUACGCGCUCGCCUGGACCGACCACUCGAUCGUGGCUGCGGGCUGCGACAAACGAAUAAUAUUCUACGCGAGAGAUGGUCGUAUGCUUCAGCAGUUUGAUUACAGCCGGAACGAGAACGAACACGAGUUCACCGUGGCAGCCUGCAGUCCCAGUGGCCAGACUGUAGUGGUGGGAAGCUAUGACAGGGUGCGUGUAUUUACGUGGUCCAGCGCCAAAAAGGCUUGGGAAGAAUCGAACCGCAAAGAGAUUCCGAAUGCGUACACCAUUUCGAGCGCGAUAUGGAAACGAGAUGGAUCUCGUUUGGUACUCGGAACACUAUGUGGAGCUGUACUCACCUAUGACUGCAGCCUGCGUAAAUCGAUUUACAACAAUAAAUUUGAAGUGACGUUCGUUGGUCCAAGCCAGGCCAUUAUAACGAACCUUGCAACUGGAUCUAAAACGGUGUUGAAGUCUCAAUUUGGGCACGAGAUCCAAGACUUGAAGAUACUUGGUAAAGAUCGGUACCUUGUAGCGUAUACUCCAGCUACGCUUCUACUAGGAGAUUUGGCCCAGGAGAAGUUAUGCGAGGUCUUUUGGGAAGGAACUUCGCGGAACGAAAAGUUCUACUUCGAAACGGAGAGCGUGUGCAUGAUUUUCAAUGCUGGAGAGCUUUCGCUCGUCGAGUACGGACAGAACGAAAUCCUAGGCUCCGUGAGGACAGAAUUCAUGAACCCGCACUUGCUGAGCGUCCGCCUCAACGAAAGACAUCGGCCUGGAAUGGUGGACAACAAGAAACUCGCUUACCUCAUCGAUAUCAAAACAAUAUUCGUCGUUGACCUGGUGACUGGUACAACUUUGGCGCAAAUUCCCCAUGAUUCUAAAAUUGAUUGGUUAGAACUGAACGAAACAGGACAGAAGUUACUUUUUCGAGACAGAAGACAAAGGCUUAGCCUGUUCGACAUAGAAACUCAGGAAAAAAUUACCUUACUGAACAACUGCGCGUUCGUCCAGUGGGUGCCGGACAGUGAUGUUGUUGUUGCCCAAAGUAGACAGACGCUUUAUGUUUGGUACAAUAUCGAUGCACCUGAGAGAACAACUAAUAUCCCGAUAAAGGGUGACAUCUUUGACGUCGAACGUCUAAAUGAUAAAACCGAAGUAGUCGUCAACGAAGGACUGACUACCGUGGGGUACCCAUUGAAUGAGGGUCUUAUUGAGUUUGGAACGGCCAUAACGGAUGGCGACUUCAGCAGGGCCGUCAGCUACUUGGAAAGCCUGGAACUGACCGAGGAAACGGCUUCAAUGUGGCGUACACUGGGCCAGAUGACCCUCGAAGCUCACAUGAUACCCAUAGCCGAGCGAUGUUUUGCAGCUUUGGGAGAUGUAGCGAAAUCAAAGUACUUGAGAGACGUCAUGGAUAUUCACGAAGCUUCAUUAGACGGAAUGGAGGAGGAGAAAUACACCCACUAUGAAGUGCGAGCGAGGCUGGCAAUCUUGGAGAAAAAUUUCAAACUAGCAGAAAGUAUUUACCUGGACCAGAACAAGAUCGACGAAGCUAUGGAUAUGUAUAAGAGGAUGCAUAAAUGGGACGAGCUUAUAGCUUUGGCAGAGUCCAAGAAUAGCUCAAACCUCCAGCAAUUACAAGAGGAGCAUGCUGAAUGGUUGCUCAGCAAUGGCAUGGAAGGCAAGGCGGGUGAGCUGAAAGAAAAAGAAGGCAACUUCGAUGAGGCUCUGGCGCUCUAUCUCAAAUCUGGCCUGCCAGCGAAGGCCGCUUUGCUUCUCAAAUCUGUUCCACGAAUGAUCGAGAAGCACGAUGUUGUCCAAAAGGUCAUAUCGGCUUUGACGAGAGCCGAACUGUAUGAGCACGCAGGUGAUCUGUAUGAAAUGGUCGAAGACUACACGAAAGCUCUGAACAGUUUCAGGCAAGGACACUUAUACAGCAGAGCUAUCGAACUUGCACGACAGCACGCACCUUCUGAGGUUGUCUCUCUCGAAGAGGAAUGGGGUGAUUAUCUCGUCUCACAACGACAGCUGGAUCCUGCUAUCAACCACUUCAUCGAAGCAGGAAAGACCAUCAAGGCAUUGGAAGCAGCGAUCAAUGCGAGGCAAUGGAAAAAGGCAACGCAGAUCAUCGAAGUGAUGGACGAUACGCCGGAACUGACUCCGUAUCACGCCAAGCUCGCGCAGCACUUCCUUUCUGUAGGGGAGUACGAGAUGGCAGAACAUUUCUUCGUUGAAAGUGGAAUGGCAAACGAAGCGAUUAACAUGUACAACAACGUAGGGAAGUGGGAGAAGGCCCUCAGGCUUGCCAAGCUACACAUGAAACCCGAAGAGGUGUCAAAAAUGUACAUUGAAAAAGCUACUGUACUGGAGCAUGAAGGAAAACUGAAGGAUGCAGAAAAGUUGUAUAUCUUCAUUGACGAGCCAGACCUCGCUAUCGCGAUGUACAAGAAAUGGAGGCAGUACGAUAAUAUGAUACGGGUCGUUAAAGAGUACCACCCUGACCUAGUGAAUGACACUCAUCUUCACUUGGCAAAAGAACUCGAAAGCGAGGGACACCAUCGACAAGCUGAAUCGCACUUGCUGGCCGCAGGCGAUUGGAAGGCAGCCGUCAACAUGUACAGGUCGAAUGAUAUGUGGGAUGAUGCAUAUAAUGUAGCAAAGACCCACGGCGGUGCGAUGGCUGGCAAACAAGUAGCGUACUUGUGGGCGAAACAACUAGGAGGCGAAUCUGCAGUGAAGCUGCUGAGCAAAUUUGGGCUCCUGGAAUCUGCAGUGGACUACGCAGCUGAAAACUGCGCCUUCGACUUCGCCUUCGACCUUGCUCAAACGUCAGCCAAACAAAAGCUGCCGGAGAUUCACUUGAAGUACGCCAUGUUUCUGGAGGACGAGGGAAAAUUUCAUGAAGCGGAAGCCGAAUUUAUCAAAGCUAACAAGCCUAAAGAGGCCGUUCUAAUGUACGUACAUAAUCAGGACUGGGACAACGCAAGACGUGUAGCCGAAGCUCACGACAAGGAUUCGGUGGCAGACGUGUCCAUUGGACAGGCUCGUGUUGCCUUUGAAGCCGGACAGUAUCAAAAAGCAGAGUCUCUCGCGUUGCGCGCUCAACGGCCAGACCUGGCCGUCAAGUUCUAUAAGGAUGCCGGGAUGUGGAACGACGCGCUGCGAGUGUGCAAAGAGUACAUUCCAUCUCAUCUUGCUGAUCUACAAGAGCAAUACGAAAAUGACUUGCAGUUUAAGGGUUCCAGGGACGCAGAUGCGCUGCUGGAACAGGCGCGGGACUGGGAGCGCAAUGGCCAGUACGAGAGAGCGGUUGAUUGUUACAUGAGGUUGUCAAAAGAUGCCAUCUCCGAUAUAGGAGUGCUCGAAAAAUGCUGGGUAAAGGCAGCUGAUUUAGCGCUGAAGUUCUUAGAUGAAGACAAGGCAGAAACGGUUGUAAAAAGGGCCUCACGGAUGCUUCUAGAUCUCAACAAAUACAGCUCGGCUGCGCAACUCUUCUUAAGCAUCAACAUGAUAAAAGACGCGGUGGACACGUUCAUAGCAGGUGACGAAUGGACCAAAGCAAAAAAGGUUGCCAAGGAGUUUGACGUUAGGUUGGAAGAAUACGUAGACAAUCUGUACAAGGAACACCUCCGCAGACAAGGCCAGACAGAACAGCUGGUGAACGUCGACGUUGUCGCUGCCUUGGACGUGUACGUCGAGAAACAGCAAUGGAAAAAGUGUCUGGAAGUUGCCCAGCAACAGGGCACGCAGGUUCUGCACAAGUACGUCGCCUUGUACGCUACCCAACUGAUUCGAGACGGCGAAGUUCUUGAAGCCUUGCAUCUGUAUGCGGACCACGGAGCUCCAGCUUUCCCGCAAAACUUUAACAUCUACAAGCACAUUGUGAGCUCUGUCUAUGGGCUCAAGGGGCUCAACAGUGCGGAUAGCUACAGGUCUUGGGCGGCACUUCGAGAUGUGAUGUUUGAUUUGGUACAGAAUCUAGAAAAUGAAGGUCGCCCGGAAAUAAAGGACUUUGAGUUGCUGCUCAUGGUUAGCAGCUACUAUGCAACUCGUUCCGCUUGCCUCAGCCAAGAUACCUUGGCGGACCUGGCCACGAAGAUAUCGAUCUCCCUUCUUCGAUACACGGAAUAUAUUCCCGUUGAUAAAGCAUUUUAUGAAGCUGGACUCGCCUGUAAGAUCUCAAACAGGGAAAGCAUGGCUUUUGUAUUCUGGAACCAUUACCUGGACAUAUGUGAGGCGAUAGAAGAAGGAUCGCUGGACACACUGGAUCACUCCGACUUUCAAGACACUGACAUCCCGUUUGAAGUACCCCUACCCGAAAAAAUGUACCUCACAGAAGCCGAACACGAAGAAGUCAAGGAAUGGAUACUUGCCAUUUCAAUGAAUCAGAGGGUGGAGCAAGCGCUGCCUCGAGAUGAACAAGGCUUCUACGAGGCUUCGCUCGAAGGCCCAAAAGGAGUCAGACGAGCUGAACCGUGCGUUUUAACCGGGUACCCGGUGCUAAAGGACGGGCUUCAGUUUUCAAAACAAGGCAUUAUUUGCAACAAGGAUGACUGGAACAAAUUUCUCAUGGCUGCCAAGGUUUCGCGCAGCUCGCAAUGCCAGGAUGUGUUGAAGUUCAUUACUCAAUGGGGCGGGGGCGCUCCGAAUUUGAGCUUCUCACUACAGUAAUGCGCCGAACG